CCCUCAUCUCAUGUCGGCGUCACAGAUCCCCAAUCUCAACACCUUGCGUCGCGGCGGCGGUCGCGGUCGUCUCCGCGGUCGCGGUGGCGGCGAGCUAGGCUCUGAGGCUCCUUCGCGACCAGGAGGCUCCAGCACCAAAGACCGAGUGGUACAAGGCACGGACAAUGACGCCAGCGUCUCUCGCCUCAGCGCCGUGAACCUGGGCUACCUCGACGACCCAUUCGCAUCAGCCUUGACACCUCCCGGCCAAGAAACCCGACGCCUGCCCAUCAUCAAUCGAGGCACCUACGUCCGCACCACAACAAUCGACCACCUCCUCGCGCAAUUCCUCCACCCUUCCCCAGCCCCAACCCAUCAACCACACUCCCCUCAAACCCCCACAAGCAUUCCAACGCCCCGGCUUCCCCGACCAAAGACCAAACAAAUCAUCUCCCUCGGCGCCGGCUCCGACACCCGCAUCUUCCGCCUCCUGGCCUCCUUGCGCCCGCAAACCCACCCCGAAGAAACAAUCAUCUACCACGAACUCGACUUCCCCAGCAACACUGCGGCCAAGAUCCGGGCCAUCCGCGCCGCGCCGCACCUGCAGCGCGCGUUAGGCGACCCGGAGAAUGUCACCGUCUCCCCCGCCGCCGACGCCCUGCAUACCUCGCACUACCACCUCCACCCGAUCGAUCUCCGCCAGCUGGCUGCGGUGGCAUCAUCACCAUGCCCCGUGGCGAAGGAGAACCUGCAAACCCUCCUCCCAGGCCUCGACCCCACCCUCCCGACGGUGUUGAUCUCCGAAUGCUGUCUGAUCUACCUGGAGCCCGAGGAGGCCCGCCGGGUGGUCGAGCUCUUUGUCCAGGUCUUUGAUGCGCCCGCUGUUGAAGGACAAGCUGGCGCUGAGGCUGGCGCAGCAGCGCUGGGCAUCAUCGUCUACGAACCGAUCCGGCCGGACGACGCGUUCGGGCGCACGAUGGUGGCCAACCUGGCGACGCGCGGCAUCCAGCUGCAGACGCUGCACCGGUACGCGAGCCUGGCGGCGCAGCGGGCGCGGCUGCGGGCGCACGGGUUCGGGGACGGGCAGGCGGCGGCGGAUGUGGAUUUCCUGUGGGAGCGGUGGGUGGCGGCGGCGGAGAAGGAGCGGGUCGCCGGGUUGGAGAUGCUGGAUGAGAUGGAGGAGUGGCGGUUGUUGGCGCGGCAUUAUUGCGUGGCGUGGGGGUGGAGGGAGGGUUUGGCGGGGGGCCAGCCAGUGUUCGAGGGGUGGAGGGCGUUGGAGGGGCAGGGUGAGGAUUAA